AUGUCCACAAACGUUUCAGACAAAAGCAAUGAUUACAAGGCAGAGGAGCCAGUGUCUUCCACCGUCGUGCGCGAUGUCGAGGAUAGCGGCGAGAAGGAUGUCUUCGCAGUGAAUGGAUCCUCAGAGAAUGUCACCAACUUUAGAACCACUGGUUGGAUUAGAGCGAGUGUUGUAAUGACCAAGACCCAAAUCGGAUUAGGUGUGCUGUCUAUUCCAGCUGCCCUGCAGACGCUUGGUGCGGCUGUUGGCCUUGUUGUCCUCUUUGGCCUCGGUUUGAUCACGGCGUGGUCGAAUCAUACGUCUGGUAAAUUUAAACAAGCCCAUCCAUCGGUGCAUUCGACGCCAGACACAUCGCACGUAUUAUUUGGAAAAGGCGUCGUUGGUAACAUCGCUUUCACAAUUAUCUCCAUUUGCUACUUUCUCUUCAUGACGCUUAUUUCGGCCUCCUCGAUGCUCUCACUCUCCAUCGCCUUCAACACGCUUGGCGAGGGUAUGCGUAUUUGUACUGUGGGGUACGUCGGCAUAGCGGCUGUUGCUGUCUUUAUCGUUGCAACAAUGCGCAAGCUCGACCACAUAUCUUGGGCAGGCUGGGUGGCCAUGUUCUGCAUUGUCGUGUCUGUAAUGAUAGUUGUUAUUGCAACCGCUCAAGCUGGUCCCGCUAAAGGCAACGAGGCUGCUGUAUUCGACAAGAAGCUGUCUGCAGGGCCUUCCGCCGGAUUUGCAAGCUCUAUGAACGCAGUAGUCAAUAUUCUCUUUGCUUACGCAGGCACUCCUUCUUACCCAGCCAUUUACUCGGAAAUGCGUGACCCUGAACGUGACUAUUAUAAGGCUGUUCAUUCGCAGCAGGUUUUUAGUGUCGCAUUCUACUUUAUCACCAGUAUCAUCCUCUGGUACUACGGCGGACAAUACAUCACCUCUCCCGCCCUCGGUACGGCUGGUGAGAUAUUCCAGAAGAUCUCUUACGGUAUUUCCAUCCCCGCUCUUCUCGUUUCUGGACUUCUUUACGCACAUUUCGCCAGCAAGCAGGUCUUCGUGAGGAUGAUGAGAGGUACCAAGCAUCUCGUCGAGCCCACUAUGAUCCACUGGGGAGUGUGGCUCGGCACGGUAGCUUGUGUGGUGGUGUUUUGCUUCGUCGUCGCAAACGCAAUUCCCUUCUUUGACUCCCUUCUCGGACUCGUCGGUAGCCUGUUCGCUUCACUUUUCUGCAUCGGUCUGCCCGCGAUGAUGUGGCUCGAUAUAAAUCGCCACAAUAUCAAAACAAACACCUCGCUCUUCUUCAGAUGUAAGUUAGCUUGGGCCAUCUUCCUCAUCACAUUAGGCGCAUUCCUCUGUGUAUCUGGCGCGUACGGUACAAUUGUCGGGAUCAAGCAGUCGUUCGAUGACGGUACCGUUGGCUCUCCGUUCUCUUGUGCGGAUAAUUCUGCCGCAACGUAG